AUGGGUAUUCUCGAAAAAAUAGCAGAGAUCGAGAAGGAAAUCUCUCGGACUCAAAAGAAUAAAGCAACCGAACAUCAUUUGGGCUUGUUAAAGGCCAAAUUAGCACAGUACAGAGUUCAAUUACUUGAACCACCAAAAGGGAGCUCUAAGUCGGGCGAGGGUUUCGAUGUAAUGAAAUCGGGGGAUGCACGAGUAGUCUUAAUAGGCUUUCCAUCAGUUGGUAAAUCGACACUGUUAAAUAAACUGACGAAAACUCAUUCAGAAGCUGGAGCGUAUGAAUUUACAACUUUGACCUGUAUUCCUGGGAAAAUUGAAUACAAUGGAGCGAAUAUUCAGUUACUUGAUCUUCCUGGGAUUAUUGAAGGAGCAGCACAGGGGAAGGGACGUGGUCGGCAGGUAGUUGCUGUUGCUAAGACUGCGGAUUUAGUUCUUAUGUUAUUGGACGCAACAAAGGCUCUGUUAGAGAAGGAAUUAGAGACAGUCGGUAUAAGGCUGAAUAAAGCCAAGCCAAAUGUGUACUUCAAAGUUAAGAAAGGUGGUGGAAUAAGCUUUGUUUCGACUUUCAAGCUAACCCAUUUGAGCGAGAAAUUAGUCUAUCAAAUUCUUCACGGUUAUAAAAUAUUCAAUGCCGAAGUUUUGAUACGCGAAGAUAUUACUGUGGAUGAGUUCAUUGAUGUAGUGCUAGGAAACAGGAUCUGUGAACUGGAUUUAAAUCUUCGGUAUCUAUUGGAUCAGGUAUGGAAAUAUCUUGACUUGAUACGUAUAUAUACGAAGCGAAGAGGAGAGUUUCCCGAUUUAGAAGGAGGUCUUAUUAUGAGGAAUGGUGCGAAUGUUGAACAUGUGUGCCAUGCUAUUCACAGAUCGCUCGCGCAUGAGUUCCGUUAUGCUCUCGUUUGGGGAAGGUCAGCCAAACAUAAUCCACAACGCGUUGGAUUAGCACACGUAAUGGAGAACGAAGACGUAAUUCAAGUUGUCAAGAAAAAAUAA